AAGGUGGUACGCAUUGACAGUGGGAGUUUUUUCGCAAGUAGUGGCCAUUGAAUGGUGUAGCUUAGAUCACUUCAUAUGUUCAUGUCUAAUGAGUGAAAGGCAUUCACAUGAUCUUUUGCUGCAUUACCUUAGAUGAGUAGCAACUUCUUGAUUAACUUGGCCACUUCCAGUGGUUCCUAUGUUUUAUUAGUUCCAGUCUAGAAGUUGCUAUUAAGCAGUUCUUGAGCUAUAGAUUUUAUUGAAUAUUGGGUUGAACUAGGAGAGGAAAUCGGUCAAUUCUUCCAUCUUACUACUUUCAGACUCACAGGCUCUUCUGCUUUAUUGACCCCUAAUAUACAAGGAAGAGUCUCUAAAGUGAAUCUUUAUCAGAAGGACAAAGAUCUGGAAGAAGUUUGAUUUUUAUACUACGUUCAAGAUGACAAGUGAAGCAGUUCAGAUAGCCCCAAUGCAGACACCUGAAAAAGAUUCCAUGUGUCCAGGCAACGAUACUGGAGACUGCUGCCAGAAAAAAAGGAAAUACCAAAAUAAAGCAGAUGUUGUGUCCUGUACUGUUAUCUCAAGGUUUUGCAAGUCAUUCUGUUACAUGCUUCUUGGCAGCAGGAAUGUAAACUAAUUCUUUCAGCACUGAACUAGAACCUUGACUAGGUUGCAGUUAAAGUUACAGAAAAUCUCUAAAUUUUUGCUACAAGUCCACUGUUACUUCAACUCUUGAAUCACCUUUUCAAGGGUAAAAGUUGGUGUCGUCUCCCAGAUCAAUAAGAAGCCACAGCAUAGAAGUGUGCAACUCAUCCAUGAGACAGAUGGUUGCCAUAUAAGCUGACCUUGAAGAUCUGCAGUUACCUAGCUUCAUUCAUGUUUUAAUAAGCACUGACUAUUAAAAAUGACUGGCCUGUUGAGUGAAUCCUUCUGAGGAAGAGACAUUUUACAGUACACUUUUAAGACCUAAGCCCAAAAGAUUGAUGUUGGACCAUUCUCAUUGUAUGAAAAGAUAUGUUAUUGCCUUUGGGACUGUUGGCUAUCAAGAUUCAAUAUUGCAUAAACAUGGGUGCAUUUUUGGAUAAACCAAAAACUGAAAAACAUAAUGCUCAUGGUGCAGGGAAUGGCUUGCGUUAUGGCCUCAGCAGUAUGCAGGGAUGGAGAGUGGAAAUGGAAGAUGCUCACACAGCUGUUGUAGGUAUUCCCCAUGGCUUAGAGGACUGGUCCUUUUUUGCUGUCUAUGAUGGUCACGCAGGAUCUCGUGUUGCAAAUUAUUGCUCCACGCACUUAUUAGAACACAUCACUAACAAUGAAGACUUUAGGGCAACAGAAAAACCUGGAUCUGCUCUUGAACCUUCAGUGGAAAAUGUCAAGAGUGGAAUCAGAACUGGCUUUUUGAAAAUUGAUGAGUAUAUGCGCAAUUUCUCAGACCUCAGAAAUGGGAUGGACAGAAGUGGCUCGACAGCAGUGGGAGUUAUGAUUUCACCUGAGCAUGUAUACUUUAUCAAUUGUGGUGAUUCACGUGCUGUUCUCUAUAGGAAUGGACAAGUCUGUUUUUCAACACAGGAUCACAAACCUUGCAACCCAAGGGAGAAAGAGCGAAUCCAGAAUGCAGGAGGCAGUGUAAUGAUUCAGCGUGUUAAUGGUUCAUUGGCAGUUUCUCGAGCUCUGGGGGACUAUGACUACAAAUGUGUUGAUGGUAAAGGCCCUACAGAGCAACUUGUUUCUCCAGAGCCUGAGGUUUGUGAAAUUCUAAGGGCAGAAGAAGAUGAGUUUAUCAUCUUGGCUUGUGAUGGAAUCUGGGAUGUAAUGAGCAAUGAAGAGCUCUGUGAAUUUGUUAAGUCUAGACUUGAAGUGUCAGAUGACCUGGAAAAAGUGUGCAAUUGGGUAGUGGACACUUGUUUACAUAAGGGGAGUCGUGAUAACAUGAGUAUCGUACUUGUUUGUUUUUCAAAUGCUCCUAAGGUCUCAGAUGAGGCAGUGAAAAAAGAUGCCGAGUUGGAUAAGUACUUGGAAUCACGAGUUGAAGAAAUUAUGGAAAAAUCGGGUGAAGAAGGAAUGCCUGAUCUUGCUCAUGUUAUUCGUAUUUUAACUGCGGAGAAUAUCCCUAAUUUACCACCAGGAGGUGGUUUAGCUGGCAAGCGUAAUAUUAUUGAAGCUGUGUAUAGUAGGCUGAAUCCACACAGAGAGAAUGAGGGGGACCCUGGCGAAGCUGAGGAAAGUGGAACGCAGGGAAAAUUGGUGGAAGCACUCAGGCAAAUGAGAAUAAAUCAUAGGGGGAACUACCGCCACCUUCUGGAAGAGAUGCUGACUAGUUACAGGCUAGCUAAGAUGCAGGGAGAAGAGUGCACUGCUGAAUCAGCUGCAGCAUCUACUUCAGAUACUCAUGCUGGACCCAGUGACCCCGUACCAGACACCCACACAGAAUCUGGGAAUCACCUUGCUGAAAUACAGAGCUCAAACGAAGAUUCAGGGAUGAAUGAGAUGAGUGAUAAACAGACAUAAUGUUUUACAUAGUGGAUUUAAUGCUUCGCUUCACUUGGCCUAUUUUCCUUUGUUUAGAUCUCAACAUUUGUCAUGUCUAUCCUAGAAGUCUGUUUGUUUUUACUUUAGUUAUUUGUACAGAUUUGUUUAUACAAAGCUCUUUUUUUCCAUGGAUGUUCAACUACUAUGGUAUAUUAUAGUAAUUGCAUCUUAUGUCGCGUAGCAAGCAGUUAACUUCCCAUUUGAGACUUUGAAUUUUUUUAAAUCCUGUGACACCAACAAUAGGAAUCUAGCAUGAUAAUGCAAAAAUAAAUUUUAAAACUUUUUCUUUUAAGCCCGUUCUUAAAUAAUAUUGAUGGUGUAUGUUUGCUAACUGUAAUUCGCAUCACAAUUGUAUCUUUUGUGCAAAUUAUUUGAAUUAUACAAAUUCUUCACUCUUUUUUUUUUCCCCCAGCAUCAUAUACUGCAUGUUUGUAUUUGAAUUGUGUAUAGUUUAUAUUACCACUAAAUUACAAAAGCUAUUACUUUUUAGGUUGUCACUUAUUCUUCAUGAAAUGUGUUGGAUUUUUUCCAAUUUAGACUGUAUCCACUGUUCACCAUAAAUAUCGAUUUUCUUGAUGACUGUAUUAUUACUUUGCAGGUUGUAGUAUAACACAUAUCCAGAAAUUAAAAUGUACCUAGAUUUAGUACCUAGUGUCAAGUUCUAAGAAUUUGUGUUUAAGUGAAAAUAAAGAAUAUGCUGUGGAAUAAUAUCUGUAUGCAUAUUGACUCUUUUAAGCAAGUAAUAAACUUCCUUUGAAAUGCUAUCAUUCCGACAUGACUUAACUUUUCAUAGCUUCUGAUAUUAAUGAUGUUCAUUGGUUUCUACAAAUACUUGAGUCGUUUCUCAGGUUCGAGUUAAACAUCAGCCAUAUAAAUGAAUAAACUGGCUAUUCUACCUAAGUUUACCUUCUACCAAAUAUUUUCCUUGUCUUUUGGUGUACCACACGUGUAUGCAUGUGGAUUUGGGUAGAUCAGUGAUGAUACUGGGAAUUUACAGUGGCGGUAACUAAUCUGCUAAUAAGUUAAAUCUGGAUUUCUUCUCAGCAGUCAGUUCAUAAUAUAACACUUGCACAAAAAUUUCAUUGUUCAAAAUAGGUACAAAUAUCACUGCUUUAAUGAAAAAGAACCAUGGGAAUUUCUUGAGGACCAGGAAUACCUGAAGGGCUGAAUUCCUUAAUAUUUUACAGAUUUAUUUUUUGUAGUCCAUGGAUGUAGUAUCUACGAUUUAGUACAAUUUUAGAUAAUACUUGGUUUUAAGUCUUUAUGCUAUAGUAGCUUUACUGGGUUCAUGUUUUUAUAAAAGUAAAUUCCUUCAUGAAUUUGAGGAACAGAGAAUGUUUAUGUGUAGAAGCAGGCAGGUAUGGAAAAAAAGGAAAAUGUCUUCUGUCUUACACUAGUAUUCUACUUAAUUAUGCCACUGAAAUCCAAAGUGCAACAAAAUGUUUUCAUUUGUCUUGGU